AUGGGCAACAUGAUGGACGGCAAGUCGGCGGAGGAGCUGAGCAGCACCGAGUGCCACCAGUGGUACAAGAAGUUCAUGACCGAGUGCCCCUCCGGCCAGCUCACCCUCUAUGAGUUCCGCCAGUUCUUCGGCCUCAAGAACCUGAGCCCGUCCACCAGCCAGUAUGUGGAGCAGAUGUUUGAGACCUUCGAUUUCAACAAAGACGGCUACAUUGACUUCAUGGAAUACGUGGCGGCGCUCAGCCUGGUCCUCAAGGGGAAGGUGGAACAGAAGCUGCGCUGGUACUUCAAGCUCUACGACGUUGAUGGCAACGGAUGCAUCGACAGGGACGAGCUUCUCACCAUCAUCCGGGCCAUCCGGGCCAUUAACCCCUGCAGCGACAUGACCAUGAGCGCGGAAGAGUUCACCAAUACAGUGUUCGCCAAGAUUGAUGUCAAUGGGGAUGGGGAGCUCUCCCUGGAGGAGUUCAUCGAGGGCGUCCAGAAGGACCAGAUGCUCCUGGACACGCUGACGCGGAGCCUGGACCUCACCCGCAUCGUGCGCAGGCUCCAGAACGGCGAGCUCGAGGAGGCGGAGGAAGAGGCUGGGGCCGGCGGCGGGGAGACUGAGGCAGCCGGCUGA